AUGUUAAUUAUUGAUAUAAUACAAAAGAGGGCUCUAUACGAGCUAGUGAGUCAUGCCUUGGAACUUCCAUUGCAUUGGAGGAUGCUAAGAUUGGAAGCUAGGUGGUUUAUUGAUGUUUAUGAGAGAACACAAGGUAUGAAUCCAACUUUACUUAAGUUUGCCAAGUUGGAUUUCAAUAUUGUUCAAGCUCAACACCAAAAAGAUAUUCGAUUAGCUUCCAGGUGGUGUAGGUCUACCGGAGUAGCUGAAACAUUGAGCUUUGCAAGGGAUAGAUUGAUGGAGAACUUUCUUUGGUCUGUUGGGAUGGCAUUUGAGCCUCAAUCUGGAUACUACAGUAGAAUGGAAACCAGGGUCCACGCACCCCUCACCGCACUUGAUGAUGUCUACGGUAGCUUGGAUGAGCUCCAACUCUUUACAAACGCUAUUCAAAGGUCAAUCAUGAGAAUUUUCAAAUGGGAUGUGAAUGCAAUGGAAGAACUUCCAGACUAUAUGAGGAUACCUUUCUUUACUCUGUACAAUGCCAUGAAUGAAGUCGCUUUCAAUGUUCUAAAGAACAAAGGAUUCUACAUUUAUUCAAAUGCUAAGGCUAAGUGGUUUUACAUUGAAUACACGCCAACUCUAGAAGAGUACAUGAAGGAAUCAUGGAUUUUAGUAACAGCACCAGCAAUGCUUGUCCAUACUUGUCUGAUUACAACUCCCUUGUCCAAUGACAUCUUGGAAAGCUUAGCAAAAUAUCUAGAUAUACUUCGUUACUCAUCCAUGAUUGUACGAUUGGCAAACGAUCUGGGAACUUCCCCGGCAAACUACACGGCUUUAAAGAACACGACAAACAGGUUGGGAAAAGAAGGUUAA